AAUUAUAUCAUAUGGAUGGACUCUUAUUUUAUUUUUUUCUCCCCACACAAAGCACACACGCGCCUGCACGUGAGGAGCUUAUCUCUCGUCUUAAUUUAUCACUGAGCAAAAAAAAGAUAGAAAUUAACCGUUAAAUCUGGACACGUGUCGCUCCCGAGAUCCACCUGUCGUCUUCAUUUGUGACUUUCAGCUUCCACUUCUUGUCUGCUCUCUUUGGUGUUCCUCUUGUCUAAUUCUUGGCAAAAUUCUCUGAAUUCCAGUUCCUCAGAAGGGAAUCCAAUGAAAAAUCUGUUCAAAUGUUGAAUCCACCUCAUAAAUUCGUCUCUGUUUGCACAAUCAUCAUCCGCAUUGCGUCCUUCCUCUUCCUCUCCGCCGUCCGAGGUGAUUUUCCGGCGGAGGCUCCGGCGACGAAGUUCGACUUCGCGACGCUGACUCUCUCAAGCCUCAAGCUCCUCGGAGACGCCCACCUCAACAACGGGAGCGUGAGACUCACGCGCGACCUCUCCGUCCCGACAUCCGGCGCCGGCAGAGCCCUGUACGCGAAACCCAUCAGAUUCCGGCGACCGGGAAACCAUUCUUCGGCGAGUUUUUCCACGUACUUCUCCUUCUCCAUCACAAACCUCAACCCGUCCUCCAUUGGCGGAGGACUGGCCUUCGUCAUCGCCCCCGACGACGACUCCAUCGGCUCCGCCGGCGGAUAUAUCGGACUCACCGACGGAUCCGGGUCGGGGCCCGGUUCAGGUUUCGUCGCGGUUGAGUUCGACACGCUAAUGGACGUGGAGUUCAAGGACGUGAACGGGAACCACGUGGGUCUGGAUCUAAACGGCGUCGUUUCGGCCGCCGUCGCCGAUCUGGGAAAUGUCGAUAUCGUUCUCAAGAGCGGAAACGCCGUGAACUCGUGGAUCACGUAUGACGGGUCGGGUCGGAUCCUCGCCGUCUACGUCUCAUACUCCAACGUAAAGCCCAAGACCCCGAUUUUGUCGGUCCCUCUCGAUUUGGAUCGUUACGUGAACGAUUUCAUGUUCGUGGGUUUCUCCGGGUCAACGCAAGGGAGCACAGAGAUUCACAGUAUCGAGUGGUGGAGCUUCAGUUCCUCAUUCGAUUCGGAUCCGGGCGUGUCUCCUCCUCCGAUUUCCGACUCCGCCACUUCUCCGCCGCCGUCUCCGGCUCCGUCGGUAUCCACCGUGCGGCGAAGGAGCACUUCUCCACCCUCUUCCUGCCGGAACCAGCUAUGCAAGAAAUCUCCAGCCGCCGUCGCUGGUGUUGUGACCGCCGGAGCAUUCUUUUUGGCACUUUUCGCCGGGGUUCUGAUCUGGGUCUACUCCAAGAAGAUCAGAUACUCACGAAAGGAUGAAUCUUUCGCAUCGGCGAUCAUCAAAACGCCGAGGGAAUUCAGCUACAAGGAGCUGAAAUCAGCCACCGAUUGCUUUAGCUCCGCGAGGGUCAUCGGCCACGGUGCUUUCGGAACCGUGUACAGAGGCGUUUUACGAGAUUCCGGGGACAUUGUCGCCGUCAAGAAAUGUAGCCACACUUCUCAGGGAAACACGGAGUUCUUGUCGGAAUUAUCCAUAAUCGGAACACUCAGACACCGGAAUCUUCUCCGGCUACAGGGCUAUUGCCACGAAAAGGGCGAGAUUCUGUUAGUCUACGAUCUAAUGCCCAAUGGCUCUCUCGACAAAGCCCUCUUCGAUUCUCCGACACAGUUGCCGUGGCCUCAUCGCCGGAAAAUUCUGCUCGGUGUGGCCUCGGCUUUGGCCUAUCUACAUCAAGAAUGCGAGAACCAGAUCAUUCACAGGGACAUCAAAACCAGCAACAUCAUGCUCGACGAAGGGUUCAACCCGAAAUUAGGCGAUUUCGGUCUCGCCCGGCAAACAGAGCACGACAAGUCGCCGGACGCCACAGCCGCCGCCGGAACAAUGGGGUAUUUAGCGCCGGAGUAUCUAUUAACAGGUCGGGCCACGGAGAAAACCGAUGUUUUCAGCUACGGAGCCGUAGUCCUCGAAGUCUCCACGGGACGACGACCCAUCCCGAGAGACAAUGGAUCCGGGUUCGGGUCAAAGUCGAGUUUGGUGGAUUGGGUGUGGGGUUUACACAGAGAUGGGAAGCUUCUGAAAGCUGCGGACGAGAGGUUACACAACAGCUACGACGAGGUCGAAAUGGGCCGGGUUCUGUCAUUGGGCCUAGCAUGUUCGCAUCCGGACCCGACGGCCCGGCCCACGAUGAGAGGUGUGGUCCAGAUUCUGAUCGGAGAAGCGGAAGUUCCGGUGAUUCCGACGGCGAAGCCGUCGUUGAGCUUUAGCACGUCGGAGCUUUUGAACACAUUGCAAGACAGUGUAUCGGACUGCAAUGAAGCCAUGGCUCCGGUCUCGACCUCGUGUUCCUCGUCCGAACACGACAGUUUCAUCGUCGGUAAUGAUCGGUCGGUUUAAAUAUUCGAUACGACGAUAAAGCUUAUAUAGGUUUUGUAUAUUUCAAAUAAAACCCUAAAUCAUUAUAUUGGUUUAUACGAUUUCUUUUUAUUAUUAUUAUUGGGUUUACAGCGCAAAGCGCCAGAGGUUUAUUAUUAGAAGCGGGUUUUUCUGAAAUUCGGAAUGGGAUUUUGAUUCGAAUAGGAAAGAUAUUUUAAAAUUUUAGAGAAAUAAUAUUUAAUUUUUUCGAUAAAGCUUCCUUGUGUGUAACGGAUUUUUUUAAUGCGUUCAAAUACUGUAGGUCCAUGUUGCCAUGUGAUUCCGGGCUCUGUACCCUGUAUGAUAAGUCAGUAUUUGUUUAUUAGAUUA